AUGAUGAACUUCCGUCAGAGGAUGGGAUGGGUGGGCGUGGCUCUCUACCUGCUGCUCAGCAUCAUGGUGGUGUACUAUGUCUUUGAGGUGCACACACUCAGUUUGGAGCGUGUGCAGGGAGGUGGCGUCAGUCUUUCAGCUCCACCCUCUGCUUUCACCUGGUCUCACCUGCUGUCACUUCCUGUCUGGAUAUGGGCGUCGGUCUUCCUGCUGCCGUACCUCCAGCUCUUCCUUUUCCUGUUCUCGUGCACGCGAGCUGACCCCCGUGCCGUCGGUUACUGUGUACUUCCUGUCUGCAUCGCCCUGCUGUGUAGUCGCCGCCACGCCACCCAGAGACCGACCAAUCACAGGGCAGGGUCAGUGAUUGACACAUAG